UGCCCGACCAGCACCAUCCUACUCGGGCUACCACUCCCCAAUUCCUGGCUUGUACCUGUGUGGAAGCGGAGCCCAUCCUGGCAUCUCGCUCCCCAAACCGCGAUGGCGAUGCCCACUGGCACGACCCCCAUCCUGCUGCCACUGCUGCUGCUGUGCUGGGUGGCCCAGAGCGGACAGGAGCCAGCUCCAGUGCGGCUGCGGCUGGCGGGGCCGCGAGGGCCGGCCGGGGAGGGACGGCUGGAGGUGCUGUACCAGGGGCGCUGGGGCACCGUCUGCGACGACGGCUUCGACUUCCACGCGGCCACCGUUGCCUGCCGGCAGCUGGGCUACACUGCAGCCAUCACCUGGACACACAGUGCUACCUACGGCCAGGGGGAAGGACCCAUCUGGCUGGACAACGUGCAGUGUGGGGGCAGUGAGGGCUCCCUGGCAGAGUGUGUCCACAAUGGCUGGGGCACCAGCGACUGCCACCAUGGCGAGGACGCAGGUGUGGUGUGCUCAGGACAGCGCCUACCUGGCAGCCCCCUGCAGGCCACCACCUCUGGUCAUCUGGGAGAGGUGCUGGGGCUGAGCCUGGAGGAGGUGCGGCUUAAGCCCGUCCUGGCACGGGCCAAGCUGAGCGUGCCAGUGACAGAGGGUGCCGUGGAGGUGAAGUACAAUGGGCGCUGGAGGCAGGUGUGUGAUGCCAGCUGGACCUGGAACAACAGCCGUGUGGUCUGUGGGAUGCUGGGCUUCCCCCGGGAGAAGCACCUCAACACCAGCUUCUACCGGAAGCUCUGGAACAUAAAGCUGAAGGACCCCAAUUCCAGCCUGAAGACUCUCAUCCAGAAGAACACCUUCUGGGUACACAGGGUGCGGUGCCAGGGCACAGAGCCUCACCUGGCCCACUGCCCCAUGCAGGUGGCCCCACCAGCCCCCCACCAGCCCGCCUGCCCCCGUGGCAUGCACGCCAUCGUCAGCUGCCUCCCUGGCCCUGCCUUCCAGAAGGGUACAGGCAAGGGCAAGGGCAAGGGCAGGAGCAAAGCCUCCCCAGGAAAGGCGCUCCCGGUGCGGCUGCGAGCGGGCACCCACCCUGGUGAGGGCCGGGUGGAGGUCCUGCGCCACGGGCAGUGGGGCACUGUGUGCGACAAGCAGUGGGACCUGGCCGCGGCCAGCGUGGUGUGCCGGCAGCUGGGCUACGGGACGGCGAGGCAGGCCCUGGCAGGAGCCCAGAUGGGUCAAGGCUUGGGGCCCAUCCACAUAAGCGAGGUCCGGUGCACAGGCCAUGAGCGCUCCCUGGGCGAGUGCCGCUUCCAGGAUGCCGAGCGGAGUGGGUGCCGGCAUGAGGCCGACGCUGCUGUCCGCUGCCACGUGCCCCACAUGGACUUCCAGAGACAGGUGCGGCUAGCAGGGGGCCGCAGCCCCGAGGAGGGGGUGGUGGAGGUGCUGGUGCCGGUGCAGGGGCGGCUGCAAUGGGGUGCGGUCUGCGGUGCCCAGUGGGGGCUGAAUGAGGCCAUGGUGGUCUGCAGGCAACUGGGCCUGGGCUUUGCCAGCCAUGCCCUCCAGGAGACGUGGUACUGGUCAGGGAGCCCCGAUGCCACGCGGGUGGUGCUGAGCGGGGUGCGCUGUGCCGGCAGCGAGCUGGCCCUGCAGCAGUGCCAACACCACGGCCCUGUCCACUGCCCCAGCGGUGGGGGACGCUUCUCGGCGGGGGUCACCUGCACCACCCAUGCCCCCGACCUGGUGAUGAACGCCCAGCUGGUGCAGGAGACAGCCUACCUGGAGGACCGGCCGUUGGAGCUGCUGUACUGUGCCCAUGAGGAGCGUUGCCUCUCCCGCUCUGCUGACAACAUGCACUGGCCCUACGGUCACCGCCGCCUCCUCCGCUUCUCCUCCCAGAUCCACAACCUUGGCAGAGCCGAUUUCCGACCCAGGAUGGGGCGUCACGCGUGGACCUGGCACCAGUGCCACCGGCACUUCCAUAGCAUCGAGGUCUUCACCCACUAUGACCUGCUGACGCUCAAUGGCUCCAAGGUGGCUGAAGGGCACAAAGCCAGCUUUUGCCUGGAAGACACCAACUGCCCUGAGGGGCUGCAGCGACGCUUUGCCUGUGCCAACUUUGGGGAGCAGGGGGUGAGUGUGGGAUGCUGGGACACCUACCGCCAUGACAUCGACUGUCAGUGGAUCGACAUCACUGAUGUGCCACCGGGCAGCUACACCUUCCAGGUGGUUGUGAAUCCCAAGCACGAGGUGGCUGAGUCGGACUUCUCCAACAACGUGAUGCGGUGCCAGUGCAAGUAUGACGGGCAGCGCGUCUGGAUGCAUGGCUGCCACACAAGUGAUGCCUACGGCGCUGAGGUGGUGAGCGACCUGGAGCGACGGGAGCGCCUGGCCAACAACCUUGUGUGACCCCCCUGGCACCGGCAUGCUCCCAGCAGCACUGCCUGACAGCCCGCCUCCAGCACCCCGGCCCCUGUGCCCCAGCAGCAUCUGACUGAGCUCAGGAACUCAAAGACUUCUAUAUUUAUUGCCGCUGCUGCAGAUAAUGGCGAUGAGGACCAGCGCCAGCAGGAAGUGCCCGGUGCCCCCCAGCCCCACGGGGCCAGCAGGACCUGCGAGAGGGGCCCAGGUACCACAGCAACCCCCACCUCUGUGGCCCUGGUGCCCCCCAGGAUGACUACCUCAGCCUGCUCCCCAGUACCCCCACCCCAGCAGGCUCAGGACAGGCCCCAGCCUCUGCCAUCUGUGCAGCAGA